GUGGCGGGGAGGGAGGGCCCAGUAGCGGCCGCUGGGACGGGGGCUCCCAACAUGUCGGUGCUGCUAGUUGUGCUCGGACUGCGAGAGCGGCGGACGACGAAGCGAGAAGCUAGUUCGUGAAGCAGCAGCAGCGAAGGAGGCGGCUUGAGUGCAGCCUGGCUCCCAUCCGGUGCCUUAGACACUCGGGGCUGCUUAAGGGAGCGAGGAGACUUCGGCGCCAGGAAAUUCCAGAUGUUGCAUCCUAUGCUAUUUGAAGCUUAAUCUCUUCUGUACCAGUUGGCGGAAGGAAUGUAAACCUAACAUUAUAAGUCUGUGGAGAAAUUGGCAGAGGUGCAGUUGACUGACUUCUUUGCAAAGUAAGCAAACAUGGGUGCAUUUUUGGAUAAGCCAAAAACCGAGAAGCAUAAUGCUCAUGGGACUGGAAAUGGUCUGCGUUAUGGGCUUAGCAGUAUGCAAGGAUGGAGAGUGGAAAUGGAAGAUGCUCACACAGCUGUUGUAGGCAUUCCUCAUGGCUUAGAGGACUGGUCCUUUUUUGCUGUUUAUGAUGGUCAUGCAGGUUCUCGUGUGGCAAAUUACUGCUCCAACCACUUAUUAGAACACAUCACUAAUAACGAAGACUUCAGGGGAACAGAACAGCCCGGCUCUGCUCUUGAACCUUCUGUGGAAAAUGUAAAGAGUGGAAUCAGAACUGGCUUUUUGAAAAUUGAUGAGUAUAUGCGCAAUUUUUCAGACCUUAGAAAUGGCAUGGACAGGAGUGGCUCAACAGCAGUGGGAGUUAUGAUUUCACCUGAGCACAUUUACUUUAUCAACUGUGGAGAUUCACGUGCUGUUCUCUAUAGGAAUGGACAAGUCUGCUUUUCAACACAGGAUCACAAGCCUUGCAAUCCAAGGGAGAAGGAGCGAAUCCAGAAUGCAGGAGGGAGUGUCAUGAUUCAGCGUGUUAACGGCUCAUUAGCAGUUUCUCGCGCUCUGGGGGACUAUGACUACAAAUGUGUCGAUGGCAAAGGCCCUACAGAACAACUUGUUUCUCCGGAGCCUGAGGUUUAUGAAAUUGUAAGAGCAGAAGAGGAUGAGUUUGUGGUCUUAGCUUGUGAUGGAAUCUGGGAUGUAAUGAGCAACGAGGAGCUCUGUGAAUUUGUUAAGUCUAGGCUUGAAGUAUCAGAUGAUCUCGAAAAAGUGUGCAAUUGGGUGGUGGAUACUUGUUUACACAAGGGAAGUCGUGAUAAUAUGAGUAUUGUAUUAGUUUGCUUUUCAAAUGCUCCUAAGGUCUCAGAUGAGGCAGUGAAAAGAGAUGCAGACUUGGAUAAGCACUUGGAAUCACGGGUGGAAGAAAUUAUGGAGAAGUCGGGUGAGGAAGGAAUGCCUGAUCUUGCUCAUGUGAUGCGCAUUUUGUCUGCAGAGAAUAUCCCAAAUCUACCACCAGGAGGUGGUCUAGCUGGCAAGCGAAACAUUAUUGAAGCUGUUUAUAACAGGCUGAAUCCACACAGAGAAAAUGAUGGGGACCCUGACGUAACUGCUGAAGGUGGAACACAGGGAAAGUUGGUGGAAGCUCUCAGACAAGUGAGAAUUACUCAUAGGGGGAAUUACCGCCACCUUCUGGAGGACGUGCUGAUUAGUUACAGGCUAGCUAAAAUACAGGGAGAAGAAUGCACUGCUGAUGAAUCUGCUACAGCAUCAACUUCAGAUAAUGGUGAUGGAUCCAGUAACUCCCAAACAGGAUGUGAGAGCCAGCUUCCUGAAAUGCAGAAUGCUAAUGAAGAUUCAAAGAUGAAUGAUGAACAGUGUGAUGAAAAGAUGUGAUAUCUUCACUUGCCAUACAGUUGACUGGUUCUUAUAUUAAUCCCUCACAGUAUUUGUUACUCAUCCUAGAAAUCUAGUUUUACCCUUAAUUUUAUAUGUAAAGCUGCUUAACAGAAGGCAUGCUGGUGGGGGUGGAAUUGGGAGUGUUCUGUCUGAGAAUCUUAGACAUUAUAAACCGUAGUUUAUAGAGUGAUUUGUCACUGCAAGUCCUCUGCACAAGAAGAAAUAGAGCACCUAUGCUUGUAGAAAUAGGUCAAGAGUUGUGUGGAUUUACAUUUCCUGGCAUUGGGCUGGAACUGUUCCCCAUAACAAGAAUGUCAUACUGUAAACGCAGUUUGGUGGAAGCUAACUUUUAGAUUUUAAUUACACUUUGGUAAAACCUAAAAUUGCCAUCCAGAAUUUUUAGUUUGCAUAUCCCAUAUUCUUUGACUGCCUUGGUGAUACAGAUAUUGCAUGUUUGUAUUUGACUUAGUCAUUCUACUUUUCAGGCUUCAGGCAUGUUGCAUUAGUAAUUAAAAUAAAUGGUGUAAAAUCACGCUGUAGUUUGGACUAUAUAAUCUGUAUGCCAUUUUCUAACACUGUAUUCAGGAUGAACU